GGCUGGAGUCAUGGUAUGGCCCAAACCCGUUGCCGCUUCGGCUCCCCGGAAGCACCCAUAAUUGGAAUUAGGGGGAGAGUGUCAGUCCGCCUGUUUCCCCACAAACAGUGAUCCUCCGGCUCUUGCCGGUGCGAUUUAGGUGCUUGUGGGAGUGGGCUUUUUCCCUUUCCCUCCAUUCAUCCAUUUCCAGCUUCCUAGUUUCUAUCUCGUUCGCCCUUUUCCUCUUAGCCCCCUCUCUCCCCCCCGCUCCCCGCUCCUGGUACAGCGCUCCAGCCUCCCCGCGCUCGUUCUCUUGGUUCUCGCCCCAGCGCAGAUGCUAUGAGAAAGGGUGUGUUCUCAGUGGUGUUUGCCAUUAAACUGCGUGCGUCUCCGUUCGAACGGCCGCUUUGUCCUUUGCUCCCCGUGAGCUUUACCUGUGUUUAGUUUCCUUCUGUGAUGGCUUCCCCGCCCCCCGGAGUGACGGCUCUGCCCUUACCUCCCUCCCGUUCUGCCGGCCCUGGAGAGCCCCACGGGGCAGUUGUAUUUUUAGAAGCAGGAGACAUUUCAUAUGUACUAAUUACGCCCACUGUCACCGACUCCCCGCUCUCUUUUUCUGAUUUCUCCCAUGCUCUCAGGCUUUCCCAGCGUAUUCUUUCUUCAUAAAAGACCCCUUCCUUCUCCUGGGUCUCCUUCCCACCCCCACCCCCGCCUUGGUUUCAUCCAUUCCCCAGAAGGGAGUUGUGAAAGGGGGACAAAAGUCAUUCCUUGCUUUCUCCCAUACGCUUUAGUUCUUUGUGUUUUCCUCGGAGCUGGUUGGAGAGAUGGAGGAGAGAGCCAGGUCUUGAGGUGGCCCUCCCGGGGAGGGAGGAGACCCAAAUCUAGAGGAGGCACUUUUUGCUUAGAGGCCCGAAGGAGAUCCGAGCACCUACAGGCGUGGGAAUGGGAAGAUGGGGGAGGCUCUAAAAAGAAGCCCUGACUGGACAGGGCUGGGUUUUUUGUUUUUGUUUUUUUCUCUUUCCCAGGAGUCCUAUUAUCAGCCCAGGGCCCUAGAGAAGCAUGCUGACAGCAUCCUGGCUUUGGUUACUUGUGUAUGUCAAAGGUGGUGCCCUUCUCUCAUUAUGCAGGGACAUUGCUACUGCUUCUAGCAGGUGUGGCCUGUCUUCGAGGCAUUGGCCGGUGGACCAAUCCUCACUACAUUCAGUUCAUCACCAUUUUGGAAGAGACUCAUAGGAAUAACUCCCCAGAGAAUAAGAAACAAUUAUCUACUUACAAUUUUGACUUUAAGAGCUGGCCUGUUGACUUCCACUGGAAAGAACCCAGCAGCUGGAAGGAUACCCAACAUGGUCUCUCCCACAAAGGUGUAUCUCUGCUUCGAACUGAACCACUACAUCGGGGAACAGCUGAUAAUUUCCUCAAUCGGGUUAAGAAGCUUCCCUGUCAGAUUGCCAGUUAUUUGGUGGCACAUACCUUGGGACGCCGGAUGCUGUACCCUGGUUCUGUGUACCUGCUGCAAAAGGCCCUGAUGCCCAUGCUGCUGCAGGGCCAAGCGCGACUGGUAGAAGAGUUUAAUGGUCGAAGAGCCAAACUGGUAGCCUGUGAUGGUAAUGAGAUUGAUACCAUGUUCAUUGACCGAAGAGGCAUGUCAGAAUCUCAAGGACAGAAGCUGGUAAUCUGCUGUGAGGGGAAUGCUGGAUUCUAUGAGGUUGGCUGUCUUUCUACUCCUCUGGAAGCAGGAUAUUCGGUCCUGGGUUGGAAUCAUCCUGGCUUUGCUGGCAGCACGGGAGUGCCAUUCCCUCAGAAUGAAGCCAAUGCCAUGGAUGUGGUGAUCCAAUAUGCUAUCCAUCGCCUCAACUUCCAGCCACAGGACAUCAUCCUCUAUGCUUGGUCCAUCGGGGGUUUUACUGCCACAUGGGCUGCCAUGUCCUAUCCAGAUAUCAGUGCCCUGAUACUAGAUGCCUCCUUUGAUGACUUGAUACCUUUGGCCUUAAAGGUUAUGCCUGACAGCUGGAAAACCCUUGUGACUCGAACUGUGAGACAGCACCUUAAUCUGAAUAAUGCUGAACAGUUAUGCAGGUAUCAGGGGCCAGUACUGCUGAUCCGAAGAACCAAGGAUGAGAUCAUCACCACUACGGUCCCUGAUGAUAUUAUGUCCAACCGUGGCAAUAACCUUCUGUUGAAACUUCUGCAACACCGGUACCCCAAGAUAAUGGGGGAGGAGAGUCUUCGAGUGGUGAGACAAUGGUUGGAGGCUUCCUCCCAGCUAGAGGAAGCCUCUGUGUAUAGCCGCUGGGAAGUGGAUGAGGAUUGGUGUGUGUCUGUUCUUCGAUCCUAUCAGACAGAACAUGGGGGUGACUUCCCCUGGAGUGUUGGUGAUGACAUUAGUGAAGAUGGGCAGCGGCAGCUAGCCUUGUUUUUGGCUCGGAAACAUUUACACAACUUUGAGGCCACACACUGUACCCCACUUCCUCCCCAUGAAUUCCAGAUACCUUGGAAGCUCUAGAAGAGCCUGAAAAGGGGGAGUAGCUUUUUGUGGGGAAAGGUGUAAUGAGUGGGGAAUCCUUUUUUCUGUGAUGCUUCAUAUUCACAUAGUCUAUUGUUUUGGGGGAAUAGAGGGAUUGUCCAUCCUCCUUUUUUCCCCACCCCCUUCCACAGCAUGACUUUGGCCUCCCCUAUCUUUCUACAUUCUCCUUCCUACUCCUUUAAAGGUUUAAAUGAUCACAGAUUAUUCAUAAUAAUAAAAGGUAUUUUUUUUUAUCUGGC